CCAAACUUUGGGCACCAGAUGACAGGAUCCCUUGUGUAUUCUCUACAUGUAAUAUGUGCCCCUCCUUGUUGAGUUGGUAAUUUGGAACAACUAUAUAUAGAGAAACCUCUUUCCCUAAUUCACACCCCCCAGAGGAACAAAUACUAUCACCUCUUUGCAUGUAGAGGGAGAUCAAAGUAAUAAAGAAAAGCAGCGGGUUACUAGACAGAAGAAAUGGCAAAGCCAAUUGCUCAUGCUGUCAUGCAUUGCUUCCUCCUCCUCCUCCUGACAGGCGUAGCCGUGGCAACGACUCAUGGCAUUGCAGAAGGCCCUGAAGCAGUUGAUGAGUGGUUCAGUAAGCUGGGCCAGGCAAAAGAGAAGGUGACAAAGCUCCAUUUCUAUAUCCAUGACUCGGUUAGUGGGAAAAACCCAACGGCGGUCACCGUGGCCCGCGCCAACACGACUUCGACAUCCCCCACACUGUUCGGACUAGUUAACGUAGCUGAUGAUCCCCUGACAGUUGGUCCUGAGCCGAAUUCGACGAUAGUUGGUCGAGCCCAAGGCAUUUAUGCCUGCGCUGACCUGAGUGAAAUAGGACUAAUCCUGUACAUGAAUUUCUGCUUCACAGCGGGAGAGUACAAAGGAAGCACUCUGAACAUGCUCGGAAGAGAUGUUGAAUUGUAUAACGUCGACGAAUUCUCCAUCGUUGGCGGCACCGGGGUUUUCCGAUUGGCGCGCGGACUUGUUACCACCAAGACUUAUUUUUAUAAUGAGACCACCAUGGAUAUCAUUACAGAGUACAACGUUGUAGUUCUUCACUAUUGAUCGUCUAAAACAAUGGAGACAGUGAGACAUCGUGUACUACUCUCCAGAUUGAAAUGCCGUUGAUUUCUCUUUGAAUCAAGAACAAUGUAAUAAGAAAAAGAAAGUGAAUGAAUUUAUCACUCGCAGUUUCUGUUAA